AUGUCUAUUUUUCUAGAUGGAACGUGUACGUUUCCUGAAUCGCUGGAUGGUCUUUGGACUAGUAGCCAUAAUGGAGACCUAACCUUUAACUCCACCCAUGUCGAAUACCCCGUAGAGGCCACAGGAGGGAACCUCAUUUUCGAAUGUUAUGAGUUAACAGGGACUAAGUAUCUUCUGAGGUCAGAGACUUUCCCAUUGUUCAGCAGCUAUGCAGUGGCUGUGAUAUGUAUGGAGUUAACCGAACUGAAAACCGGCCUCUAUCAAAUGAACAUCUACACAAGCAAACUUGCUGAUGCUAACUAUCAGAGGGUAAAGUAUAUCACCACUUCAACAACCGUGACCGAUUCAGUGGCGUGUGACAACUCAGCCAACACGGAGUUUCACCUACUGGUAAAAAAUGGAUCUUUGUCUGACGUCAGUAUGCAAUGUCCGGAUAUUCUCCUGGGAUCAUUCGUGUUUACUUUCAAUGAGACUUCAUGUGUGAACGACACAGGUUCUCUAGAUGCCUGCAGCGGAACCAAUCUUGACACUCUUUCCUUUAAUUACACUGCCUGUUCAACAGAACAGGCCUAUUCAGCGGAUGGUAACGUGCAAUGCAUACACAGCUCCACUGUUGGGUCUGCCGAGAGAGUACAUGUGUAUAAUCUGGACACCACCACAGACGAAUCCACCUACUACAGAUUUACGUGUUUUAUGUUCGAGCAAUCUGGAGAUCGAGUGAUUGGGACACAGCAUCCCCAGGACUGUCUCAGUACCCAGACCACGACAUCGGUCGACUCCCCAGGGGCGACAAUCAACAUGACAGCUUCCGUCACUUGCGUCCCCUCAACAACAACAUCGACCGUUGCCACGGCAGCCAUAGUAGCUGGAGUACUAGCCGCUUUAGUGGUCCUUACAAUAGCGGGACUCCUCAUCGGCUACUUCUGUUGGAGGGCCAAAUGUAAGAAAGAGAAAGUAGAACCAAGGAAAGGACUUCCACCAACCAGCACAGGUAUGCCGACAUUUCUUUCCCAUCACAUGGACAGCGGAAAACCCCAGGGAUUCAAUUCAAUGAAGCGCGAACGCUCCAAUAGCACUUUGCUUUCUGACAGUCGUACAAAUCUGAUCCUUACCCCAAGUACACUGCAUCCUAAUUACAUUAAUAAGCAUGAUGCAGUGGAAAUCCCUGUACCUUUGGAUGCUAAGAAGAGCAUCUUGCCUCCCUUGAAUGAUCUUAACGGAAGUCAACUGAGCUUAUUGCGCAACGAGGAAUCAAUGUUGAAUAGUACUAGAAAACAAGCAUCAAAAGGGCACACCAAAAGGAAAAAGAAGGGCGCUAAAACUAAAAGAUGA